AUGGAGCUCGCGGACUUUGCCGUCGCCAUCGAGCACCUCCCACCGGGCUACGCCGUGUACGCCGCACUUUUCACUGACGCGGCCAACGCCGCCUUUCUGCAGGCUCAGCUCGUCGCUCGCAAUGCCGACUUCGAGUACGCGCUCAUCGACGCCGCCACUGUCGUCUCGCGCACCCACCUGCUGGCGGCAGUCUACAAAGCUGUGCUGGCGCACAAGUCAGGGACGCUCAAGACGCCCAAUGUGCAUUCGGAGGCGGUCCUGUCGCUGAGUCCGUCGUUAAAUAUCGCCGAAGCAUACCGCCGGUAUGGAAUCACAGCAGAUACACGAAAUGUAGUGGCCGUCAAGGUGCUGCUGGACGGCGCCGACCCAGCUCCAGUCUGGGAGCAUUUGGCCGAGCAUGUGCAGGGUACGCCCACAUCGCUGUCGGAUUCCGUAGCGCUGGCCAAGUGCACAGAUCUGGCACGUGUACGAAAGUACUACAAGCUGAACGGUGUGCCGUCUCUGGCCGGCAACGAGGACACGCCGGCCAAGCGACACCAGGCGGAAGUGCUGGUGCUGGGCGCCAUGGCAUUGCGGGGAUUGUAA